UCGAGCCGUGCACCUCCGUGCGCGCCCCCGCUCAGAGACAGAGCUCCAGAGAGCCCCGGAGAGAGCAGACAAGCGACAGCGGGGGAGAAAGAUGGAGGUGAGGGUCGGGGAGAAACUCUUGUGCCUGGCGGUGCUGUCCAGCGUCUUCUUGGUGGAUUCAGUCCUCGGGAAAUACGUGAAAGGCAUCGUUAACACCAAAGAGGACUGGGUUUUCCUCACACGUUUCUGUUUUCUCACCGACUUUGGACGCCUGGACUUCCGAUUCCGCUAUCCAAAGUCUCGCUGCUGUCAAAACAUAUUGCUCUACUUUGAUGACAGUUCUCAGUGGCCAGCUGUGUACAAGAGGCCUGAAAAGAACUGCUACCAGAAGGAAGCAGUGCUGAGGCCCGAAAACAACCAGGUCAUCAACCUCACAACACGCUACACCUGGUCAGGAUGUGCGGUGGAGGGAGACGGGGACGAGGAGGUUCUGAGCUGCGUGGGCGGGCGUAGUUUCCGCUCGGUGAGGGAGAGAUGGUGGUACAUCGCUCUCAGCAAGUGUGGGGGCGAUGGCUUGCGGCUCGAGUAUGAGAUGAAACUGACCAAUGGCCAGUCUUUCUGGACGCAGCAUUUCUCUGCAGAUGAGUUCGGAAUCUUGGAGACGGACAUCACGUUCCUGGUCAUCUUCUCCAUGGUGUUCCUCAUCUCCUGCUACUUUGCCUAUAAUCUAAAGGGAAGACAGCUUCUUCACACAACCUACAAAAUGUUUAUGACGGCGGCAGGUGUAGAAGUGCUCAGCCUGUUGUUCCAUUGUGUCUACUGGGGCCUGUAUGCUAGAGAUGGAGUCGGCAACGGCAGCCUGAAAAUACUUGGGAAAUUACUGUUCUCCGUCAGUUUCUUGGUGUUUCUUCUGAUGCUCAUAUUAUUGGGCAAAGGUUUCACUGUGACCAGGGCGAGGAUCAGUCACAGCGGGUCGGUUAAGUUGAGCAUCUACAUGACCGUCUACACAAUCACCUACGUCAUCCUCUUCAUCUACGAGGCAGAGUUCUUUGACCCAGGUGAAGUGCUGUAUGCCUACGACAGCCCAGCGGGCUAUGGACUGAUGGGCCUGCAGCUGCUGGCCUACGUGUGGUUCUGCUACGCCGUGCUCGUCUCUCUGAAACACUACCCUGAGAAACAGCCCUUCUACGUUCCUUUCUUCACCACAUACACACUAUGGUUUUUCGCAGUGCCCGUUAUGGCUCUGAUCGCCAACUUUGGGAUUCCUCGUUGGGCCCGGGAGAAGAUCGUCAACGGCAUUCAGCUCGGCAUCCACCUCUACGCUCACAUCGUCUUCCUUGUUAUCACGCGACCUUCAGCAGCCAAUAAGAACUUCCCGUAUCAUGUUCGGACGUCCCAGAUCGGGAUCCUGCUGUCCAGUCCAAAAGGAGGAGAGGGGGCAGAAAGUUUCCCCCAUCAUGCCUAUGGAAAUAGCUCCUUCCUGGGAGACUCUCAGCCCAAUUUCACUGAACUCUUCUCCAUCCAAUCAGACCCGGUGAAGACUGUGGAGGAGACGGUGGCCCGUAAAGGACCCGAGGUGCCAAGGAACAGCGAGCAGAAGAUCAUCACCACUGCUGCUGACUUGACGUCAAUAUUGCCCCCACCUCCUCCACCAAUACCCCCACGCCCUGCCGCACGAUCACCCCCACUCCCACCCCGGCUCCCUUCCUUCACCGAGUAUUUCAGCAUGCAGACCGGAGGAGGAGCAGGGUUUGGGACAAAGGCAUGAGACAGAGAAAGACGGGACAGAGGGCGGGAGAGAGGAGACUGCACGGAGGGAACGGAAAGAAUGACAAUACCAAGUAAAGGAAGUGUCAGAGUGGAAAUCAAGGUGUUACUGUUUAAAGACAAAAGGGAAACAAGUUUGGAUGGACAAAGAAGAGAAAUCAUCAGAAAAGUAAAUCCCUAAACGGUCCCUUUUCACCUGUAAAUGGAAAUAACCCGAAUUGAGGAGAGAGGGUUGGAAAUGGCUGUGAGAUAGGAGUGCUGAGCUUGUUAAAGAAUAAAGAAGCAAUAAAUAUUUGAUGUUGACCAGUAAAAGGCACAGAGGGAGAAAGAUGACAAAGUGGAUGUAGCCAGAGCAAUAGAAUGAUAGCUGUGCACGAUGCGGAAAUGAACAAAAUUCCUGAAAUACUUUUAUUCAAAAAUGUAUGAGGCAAUGAUGGUGUGCCUGCUGGAGUUUGUAAAUAGCUAAAAUGGGAGGGAGCUACAAGUCUAUACAGUUUUAUUUCAAAAAAAGGCAUUUGUUUUUUCAUGUAUUUCUUUUCCACAUGAUUAAAUUCCAGUUGGUGCUGUGACCAUAAAAAGAAUCUCAUGCAAUUACAUUUAUCCAAUUCAUGUAAAAAAAAAACAACAACAAAAAACAACAACAAACAAACAAACAAAAAACAAAACAAAAAAACUUUUUUAUGUUUGACAAAUUUUGAUAAAGCAUAGAUAUUUACUCUUUAUGGAGUUUGUUGGGUUAAUUUAUAUUCUUAUAUGCCUUCAUUGCAGCUGGUUAUUCUGGAUUGAUAUGCUGAUGUGUAAAUGUAAAAUGUCACGUUUACUGUGGGCACUUCUAGGUACUCGUAAAACACGCAUGUUUGUAUCGUAUUUCCCGUCCAAACAGCUGAUGUGUGUACUCCACGUGACCAUACAGUAUUCGCUUAUUGUGUGUAUUGAAACCUAUACUUUUUGUAAAUACAUACAAUAGGCUUUAGUAUAUUUUUGACUGGAUAAAAUUCUGUUAUUUGUUAUUCCGAACAAAACAGUCUUGCGCUGUAUGAAACAUUUAAACCAAUAUUAUACUUUAUCGGUUGGAUUUUCACUGGAGUGCAGAAUACGCCUGCUGGAAAAUGUCAUUUCUGUGUAUGUAGACGUUGGUGAAUGUAUUGAUGCAAUACAGCACAAAGACAGGGGUGAUUUCUAAGUUACUAGAAUAUUAUAGUAAACCUUUCUCCAAUUUCUUUUUCUCUCUCUUUGGCGUUCAACUACAACACAUCCAUGAUUUUGGAGCAGGAGGCUGCAUUUUCUUUAAAAAAAGAAAUAAGUACAAGUAACUUCAUCCUCACCCCUGUCUAGUACCUGAAACCUGAAUAUUUGUUGACUUUAUCUCACUGUAAUGUCCCAAAUGUGCGAAAAACAAAGCAAAUAUUACUAGUUUCAUGUCCCCUAACGUUGAGCUAUGACUUUAAAAAAAAAGCCUUGUAGAUGAACUGUGAAAACUGCAACACAAAUGUACAUUUUGUCUGUCCUGCAUGGAGCACUUUAAUGUUCCUGGUCUUAGUCUGUUUAUUCGUGAUGAUGUCACCUUAUAAGACUGCUUUAAAAACCUGUAUUUACACCACAUCGAGUAGUAUUCCAGAUGCAUCCACCUGUAAAUACAGUCUGAAAAUGUCAUCUUGACUGUCCGGGACAUUUUUUUUAGGGAAUGUAUCAUGCUUUAGUCGAUGUAAUUUAACGCUGAAUUACUGAAGUUGCUAAGAGUGUCAUUGUAACUGAGUUUACCACCAACUUCCUGCAAUUCAGAAAGUAAAAAAAAAAAAAUCAGUGAAAGGACGCUAACAGAUUCACCUGUUUUAUCUUGACCAUUCAUUUAUUUCUGAUCCAUAAAAAUGGUGGUACUCAGCUAAUAGUGCACAGAUUUAUCAAUGGCAAUGUUGCUGUAAUGGAGUACUUUAGGAUGUUAGGACUGUGGUGUGUAACUUGUAAGAGGUGUAACUUAGUCUGUGAAACAGAAUGAUACUUGAAUUAGAGUACUAGUCGUUAUUUCCUGAUUAUGUGUCUGGUUUGUAUUAGGCAUGUCUGCCAUUUUGUCUGCUGUUGCCUAUUGUUAUGGUUGCCAUGACUUAACUUAAUAGACACUGGGUGACUCGACUAACAGACGGGCCUACUGAUACUCUUACCACUGCUUCGACAUUGUGUAUAUUGACAUACAAAUACAGGACUGAGACACAUUUAAGGGAGAGAACUUGAAGAAAAGACAUUAUGUAUGCAUGACAGAAAACAGCACAGCUUUUAGGCUACUCAGAGCGAUCUGGUUAAGAGCACAUCACUGAAGCACUGUUCAAAUGCAUUUUAAUGGUGUCAAAUGACAAUUCUAAAUACGCUGUACAUAUACACUUUUUGCCAAAAUAAUAAAAAACUAUGGUUUUAUUAGA